UGAAGGAGUGCUGCACAAACAGAAAAUCAAGGCAGCUGCGUCGCAUUGAAGCAGCAAAGCAGUGAAGGUAAAGUAGCAGGAAAACUAAAGUCGGGAUGCAGAGACAUGUGGUGAUUAUACAUCUUCUCACAUGUCUUCAUUUCUUCACUUCUUGUGAAUAAGAGGAAAAAGGCCUCAUGGAACCCGCAAGCUGAAGACAUCAACACAACCGUCCUGCUGCGUUCUCACAUGGGCUCACUAACACAUCUUCCAGUCAUUGUAGGAAGGGGGCUGGCACGAACGUCAGCUUAAGACACCAUCAAGGAAUAGAGCUGCAAAAAGCAUCAAACAUCACCAUGCUCGAGCUGAACUGUUCCCUCGAAGCUAUUUUCAUAUCUGGUGCCCAAGUCUUCGAUGGCGUGGGCUGCCCCGAGGCCGCUGUGGGGUGUGGGAUGAAUAUCUCGCUGGUGCUGGCCAACGCCACCGAGCAGGAUCUGGAUGAGCUGUGUUUGAGUGAGGAGGAGUACCUGGCCAGGCGCCUGGGGCCUCUCCGGUCCCCCGCCUUCUCUCCCGUCUGCGCCACCUACCUCGCCAUCUUCAUGGUGGGCGUCCUGGGCAACUGUUUGACCUGCGCGGUCAUCUUACGCUACAGGGUGAUGCAGACGCCCACCAACUACUACCUGCUGAGCCUGGCGGUGUCUGACCUGCUGGUGCUGCUGCUGGGCAUGCCUUUAGAGCUCUACGACAUGUGGCGGAACUACCCUUUCCUGCUCGGCGAGGGGGGCUGCUACUUCAAAACCUUCCUGUUUGAGACCGUCUGCUUCGCCUCAAUCCUCAAUGUCACCGCCCUCUGUGUGGAACGCUACGUGGCUGUGGUACACCCCCUGAAGGUCAAACACAUGACCACGCGCGCCCACGUCAGGAGGGUCAUCUUCAUGCUAUGGGUUCUGUCCAUUGUGUGUGCUGUGCCAAACACCAGCCUGCACGGCAUCAUGGUGCUGCCGCCAAGAUUUGGACGACAGUUUCCUCGAUCUACAAUCUGCCAUGUGGUCAAGCCCACCUGGAUGUACAACCUGAUCAUCCUGAUUUCCACGCUGGUCUUCUUCCUGCUCCCCAUGUUGAUAAUUGGCGUUCUCUACCUGCUCAUUGGCCUGCAGCUCCGCAGGGAGAAGUUCAUGACCGUGGCGGACACCACGUGUAGCUUUGGAAGGGAAAGUGUCUUCGGGUUGAAUAAACAGAAGCUGAGCAAACGCAACGUGCAAGUCACCAAGAUGCUGUGUGUGUUGGUGGUCGUGUUCGGCCUCUGCUGGGCGCCCUUCCACGUGGACCGCUUGAUGUGGAGUUACAUCGACAACUCAUCCCAGCAGCACCUCAAGCUCUUCGAGCGAGUCCACGUCGUCUCCGGAGUUUGCUUCUACCUGAGCUCCGCCAUCAACCCCAUCAUCUACAACCUCAUGUCCACCAGGUUCAGGGAAGUGUUCAGUCAAGUGACUUGUUUUUCUAACAGCUGGCCGAUACGCUCCACCUCACAGGGGACCCGGCGCAGCACCUUGAGCGAGAAAAUACUAUGAAUUGGACCUAGGGUCUGGAUAUAAUACACAGAUGGGCAACAACUUAAUUUUUCUUUUAUAAUUGAACAAGUACAGGACACAAGUUGGGUGGAGCAGUGGUGUGAUUAGAGGGUGUGCAUUGUAAAUACCUUUUCCCAACCUAUUCAUGUAAAAACAUCUCCCGUUCUGUGUACGUUGAUUUAACAUUGACAUCUUCUUCUCUUUAAAACUUGUGACUUCCCUGAAAGCUAUUUUGUCAGUGUGAUACAUGGAUUGUUGUCUUUUACCCAUUUUUGCAAUGCUGGUUUCCCCCUAAUCUGACUCUGACUCCAUUGUUGGCAAUGGGCUUUAUUUUUUUUAUGGCAGCGUAAUGCAUUUUCAAUCACACGAGUCAUGUAAUGUCAGGUGACUGCCUGCUGCCGACCAGAAGCCAGCCACAAGAGCAGAUAGAUGAAAAAAAGAUGUAUAUAUUGUAUUCAAAAUAAAGAAAAUUAUGUUUUCUUCAACUGCAUAUUGCAAAAACGAUUGUUAUUAUGAUUCCUGUCCAGCUCGCUCCUAUUGAAAUUUGUUCCUGUCUUGUAAUCAAUCGUGAAACUGACCAUCAUCCUGCAGGAAUCAUGUAACACACAGGAGUCCACAACAAGGUGGAGGGUAUCUUGCAGAGUUUCAGGAGCAGGACCACACGUCAACCUCCUAACCCUCUGGCCUCUUCCCUUCUCCUAUACGGAUCACUUGUUUUUCCCCUCUCCUUGCUCCUCUACAUAGGGUCCUGAGGUGGCCCAUCCCGCCAGGUUGCUUCAACAGAUCCCCAGUCCAAAGCUUCCCCACAAAGAAACUAAGACCCAAGAGUCCUUUAAACUCUCCUACGUCGCAUCUCGUUGAUGGUGUGGUCCUGGCUAGUGAAUGGGACUCAUGGGAUAUUUAGGAGCUACCACCCUCAUCAUCGAAAGUAACUCGAAACCGAUUUGGAAUAGAGGAACAAUAAAAUAAAAGAUUAAAAUGAGGAUUCAGUCAAUUCUCAGACGAACAAGGAAAUAAGCAUAAAAAUACACACAGCAGCAUUUUUAUGCAAUGAAGACAGAACCAUUUAGCAGCUUUGACGUUAAUUAAUUUCUAUUUAUGUUAUGUAUUUAUGGUAUUUACCUCAUAAUGCGAGGUAACAUUUCAAUGCUUGCAUAUUGAAUGAAGAGUGAAGGUACAAUGCCUCAUGUGUGAGAAGGAAACAGAAAUGAAAGUUAAUAAAGGGAAACAGGAUUAAUGAUGGGAUGGUUUGAAUAUGACACAAUACUAAUUAGUCAGGUGCCUUAAAACUACUUUCAUUAUGUUCAUAAUAUUGUAUGAAUAUAUAUAAAAAACAUAAAGCAUUACGAUUAUAUAGACCAUCACAGCAUUCACACAAAUGUAUUCAUAUACAAUGUACAAUAUUAGUUAAAUUGUGUAAAGCUCAAUUAACAAAAUGAAUUAAUAUUCA